GCCGAGCUGAGGUGAGCUUUUGGCAAUUGACAUUUUGGAGGAAAACUAUAAUGGAUGAACAGAAGCAGCUGGAGGUAAUUGCAAAUGAAACCCCAUCAGUCACCGGAUUGAGGCGUCAGCCGACCAAAUAUCCCCAUGGCCUGAACAUCACAGUGCAGACAAUCGGUGAUGAUGAUGAUAAUAGUGGUAGUGGAUCGGUUAGAGAUCAUGGAGAUGACUACUCCCGCACCUCGGGCGAAUCGUGCUGGAGUGAGACUCAGAAAUAUCGCAUUGGAAUGCUGGGAAGUCCCGAAACCCUGGCGGAACUUCAAGUUCGCCGAUACAAGUAUCCCCUGACUGCAAAUUAUUAUCUAAAUGGGAAGAUGGAUAGUCUGGAGAAGCCCACACCCUGGAUGCUUUUGGGGUAUGCCCAACGUGCAUGCCGCUGGAAAUAUCUACGAUGGCCCAUUAUCUUUGUGGCCAGUGUCCUGCUUUUCUUUGGACUGAUCACCUACUGUCUUUGGCUGCACGAUGUGAGCGUGGCUAGAGCCAAGUUCCUGCAGCGUCGUUAUGAGGCAACUCUGACAUCCACGAGUUCCAACAGCCAUGAGUUGUGGGAUGAGGAAACCACUGGCAGCACGGAGCGAACGCCACAGGAGACAACACGACUCAAGGCAGUGGAUGAGGAGCGAACCACUGAAUUCCCAGAGUUAACAUUCGAUGAGGAUGAGCAGGGUUUUCCAGAGGAGGGUGAUGGUGACUAUGAUGACACCUUGUUGCCAGCGGAUAGCAUACGAUUCACCUCUGGCCACCAGAAUAGCUUUGGGGUGCCCAUCGAACAGGAUAAGAGAAUGUUGCAGUUGCUCAAAGAUUUACUGCCUAAGCCUCAGGCUACCCCUGCUGGUAAUGAGCAGCCUUUGACCCGGGUAUCACCUACGCUUCCACCUCCCUCUUCGGCCAGUGGACGUCCCACUCAGGCAAUGACCUUCACCACCACACCCUCCAGCACGGACAGUGGCUGCCAGUCGACCAUGUUGCCCAUGUGCCAGGGUGUCCUGGACUAUGAUUUGACCUACAAUCGUGAGGGAGCCACACCGCGGGAUUCGGCCACUCUGGUAAUCUACGAGAACCUCAUCCGUUCCAAUUGCUCGGCCAGAACGGCGGAGUUUGUGUGCGCCGCCCUGGAGCCAGAGUGUCGACCUUCGCACAUAGGACAGCUGCCACCAUGCCGAAGGAUUUGCAAGGCAAUUUUUGAAGCCUGUUCUGUGGCUAUUGCCAACUCUGAUGUCCUAAGUGAACUCUUUGACUGCAGCCUGUAUCCCGAUGCCCAUGAGAGUCACAAGUGUGAGGAUCCUACCAGGAGAAGGGAUCAUUGCUAUGGCAAUGAAUUCCAAUGCCAUGAUGGCAGCUGCAUUCCCCAAAACUGGCAGUGUGAUAAGAUUAAGGAUUGCUUGGGUGGCGAGGAUGAAGAUGAGCAGUGUUUGGUUUGCGAUGAGGAAGAGUUCCGCUGUCGUUCGAAUGAGAAAUGUAUUCCCGAGAACCUGCGUUGUGAUCUUAAUUUGGAUUGCUUCGAUGGCAGUGAUGAGGAGGAUUGCGAUGAUUAUGGUUCUGGGGAUGCGGCGCCCUUUGAUGAGGCUGAACUUAAUGCCUUUCCGAGAGUGUUUUCCUAUGCCAGUUUCCUAUCACCGAAUCAGACAAAUGAUAAGCUAUAUACCUAUAUCACAGCCACCACCGAUGAGGAUGCAGGAACAGAAACCAAGUUUCAGAUACAUCAGGUGGCAGCACCAGCUCCUCCGGUAAAUGCCAGUGCUGAAGAAUCUUCUGGGGGACCCAAGGGGUUUGUCAACUUUCGCGACAGCAAAGAGAUCAUGAUGACCAGUGAUUCAGAGACCAAAUUCAAAUAUUCUCAGAGAUCGAAUCGCACUUCGGUCAAGUUUAGUGUGACCACAGUCACCACUCCUCCUGGACGAACGGCCAGUGCCAUUCCUGGCUCUGCAUUGGCAUACCAACGGGAGAGGGAGAGAGUUACUAGCACCACCAGUACCACCACCAGUACCACCACCAGUACCACCACCAGUACCACCACCAGUACCACCACAAGUACAACCACACCUGAGCCACCCACAACAGAGGCCAGUCCAAUAGAAGUGGUCACAGCUCCAGGUGGAUGUUUGCCCCACGAACUCAGGUGUUUGAGUGGCAAGUGCAUUACAGUCAGUCAAUUGUGUGAUAAGCAUAUUGAUUGUCCCGAUGCGGCUGAUGAGCUUAUGUGUGUUUAUCGAGAGCGUCCGAUUGCCAGGCAAACCACAACAACCACAACAACCACUACACCACCAACACCAACACCCUCAACAACAACAACAACAACAACAACAACUCCUAGUAAUCCGGUGACCAGUGCAAGGCGUCCCCUGAGAACCACGCCCAGUCGCAGUCGAAAGCCCAAGUCUUAGAGUGAUGUAUCUUGUAUCUUAUGUUUAUUUAUAUCUUUAUCUUAUUUCUCAGCACUUGUAUUUCUAUUUUCCUUGGCUAGAUACAUGUAUGAUAUAUACAUAUAUGUACAUGUAAAUGUAUGUUAGUGGCUAAGUCGUUUAGUUGUUUAAAGUUGUUUGACUAUUUUUAUGUGCGUGUAAAUUGUAU